AUGGCUACAGCUACGCCAGAAUCCCUUGCCAAACUAGAGGCUACUCUGCUCAAUAUAUCUGGGGAUGUGCCCCUUCAUGCGCGAUUCAGAUCAUUAUUUACAUUAAAAGCAUUACCUGGACAGGAGCCUAUUAAUAUUAUUUCUAAAGGUUUUAGAGAUGAAUCUGCGCUUCUCAAGCAUGAGUUGGCGUAUGUACUUGGACAAAUGGGCGAUCCUCGCGCAGUCCCGACAUUAUCUGAUGUACUAUCAAACGAGAAGGAGGACCCUAUGGUUAGGCACGAGGCCGCUGAAGCUCUGGGCGCACUUUCCGCUGAAUCGGCAAUCCCUCUUCUUGAAAAAUACCUUGACUGUCCUGAGCGUGCAGUCCGAGAAACAUGCGAAAUUGCACUAGAUAAAAUCAAAUGGGACGCAACGCCUGAAGGCAAGGCCGCCAAACAACUAGCCAAAGAGAAGAAGGAGCAAGGAACUGCGCAGUUCACAUCGGUUGACCCCGCACCAGCCGCUACGCAUUCCAAGCUCGUUGCGUCGCGAGACAUUGGAUCAUUAGGUCCAAAUACGAUCAAUGAGCUCCGUGAUUCGCUGCUGGAUACAUCCAAGCCUUUAUUCGAACGAUAUCGAGCUAUGUUUGCGCUGCGUGAUAUUGGGACGGCUGAGGCUGUAGAUGCCCUUGCGGCCGGCCUGAGCGAUUCAUCUGCAUUAUUCAAGCACGAGAUCGCAUUUGUAUUUGGGCAACUUCUUUCGCCCCACUCUGUCCCAGCACUCGUCAAGACCUUAGAAGAUGUUGACGAAGACGAGAUGCAAGUCUUUUACUGA